CGCACACACAUGACGAAAGCAGCUGGCGUCAGCAGAGGUGAGGAAGCCGGGAAUAGAGGAGAAAGCUGUUUCUCGCUAGCCUUGGUUCUCACGCGCCAUGGCGGCCCCUGUCCAGCCGCCUCCUCAGUCUAGCGGUGGAAAGCGCAAAGGGAAAGCUCAGUAUGUGCAGGCCAAGCGGGCGCGGCGCUGCGACGGCGGUGGGCCACGGCAGCUGGAACCCGGGCUACAGGGCAUUCUCAUUACCUGCAACAUGAACGAGCGCAAGUGCGUGGAGGAGGCCUACAGUCUGCUCAACGAAUACGGCGACGACAUGUACGGGCCGGAAAAGUUUACAGACAAAGAUCAGCAGCCCUCUGGAAGUGAGGGAGAAGAUGAUGAUAUGGAGGCUGCCUUGAAGAAAGAAGUUGGUGACAUUAAAGCAUCUACAGAGAUGAAGCUAAGAAGAUUCCAAUCAGUGGAGAGUGGAGCAAAUAACGUAGUCUUCAUCAGGACACUUGGGAUAGAACCUGAGAAAUUGGUACAUCAUAUUCUUCAGGAUAUGUAUAAAACCAAGAAGAAGAAGACUCGGGUUAUUCUACGAAUGUUACCUAUUUCGGGCACAUGCAAGGCUUUCUUAGAAGACAUGAAAAAAUAUGCAGAAACAUUUUUGGAACCCUGGUUUAAAGCUCCAAACAAAGGGACAUUUCAGAUUGUAUAUAAAUCUCGAAAUAACAGCCACAUGAAUAGAGAAGAAGUUAUCAAAGAAUUGGCAGGAAUAGUAGGCAGCCUCAAUUCGGAAAAUAAAGUGGAUCUUACCAAUCCACAGUACACAGUGGUAGUAGAAAUCAUUAAAGCUGUCUGUUGCCUGAGUGUUGUGACAGAUUACAUGUUGUUCAGAAAGUAUAAUCUCCAGGAGGUGGUUAAGAGUGCUAAGGACCCAUCACAGCUUAACCCAAAGCAGCCAGCACAAGCAGGAAAUGGGAAAGAAGCUAAAUUGGAAUCUGGUGACAAAUCAAAUCAAAAUGACCCAGCAGAAGGAAAAAAUAACCAGCAAGUGGUACCAGAAAAUAAUGAGGAGCUGGGGCACACAAAACCAAGAUCUGAGACACAGGUGGUGAGUGAGGGAGGAGCUAAUCUUGAACUUGAAAGUCAAGUCACAGAAGGAUCUGAGCCAAAUGAAAAUGACCUCUCAUAGAGAAAAAAAAAAAUCAUUUGAUGUUGCAGGUAGGUUUCUCUGGUGGCAUUUGGUGAGAUGUUGGUAGGAUUCUGUAUAAAAUUGUGACUGAAAAUACAUACAGGUUUUGAACUUUGUAUGUUGCAUAAUGCUGUACUCACAAUAGUGAACAGUGAUUGAGCAGCUCCAUUAACAGUUAUGUUAGAGAUCUUUUCAGCCCCAUGUGCCAGGUGCAGUUUGGCUUAUGUGAAUUUUGUUUAGCUGGGAGAAACUGUGGAUAAUUGGUGAGCACUUGCAUGGAGCACUUGCAUUGGUGACAGGAGGAUAAUGUUGGGCUCUCCCUCAUGAUUACUUUCCCCAGCCUCCCUUUCUGCACUGCCAUCUAACUUACUGGAGUAAACAAACUCUGUAAGAGACACUCCUAGGGAAAUUAGCAUUCUAAGGAAGGAAUUUUUACAUGUUGCAACUCAUCUGUCCCCUGUCACUUUGUUGUAAACAUUGCAAAAACAUGGGUCUUCUAGAUGAGAAGUGAAUUGUUUUUUGUGAAGUUUUUGCAUUUUUUUGCGAUUCUUAGAGUUACUUUGUAAUUCUUAGUUACUAUGGCAGAUUUUAGAUUUUAUUUACAUUUGUUAAACAAAUCUGAUGUUCCGGUGCUGCAAUUUUUGAGGUCAUGGUGUAAGAUAGAAGAGGACCAUUCUAGGCAUAGAAAUACAGACAUUUCUGUUGAGGUUAGUGAUGAAGAAUUAGUCUUCUGUGAUACUUUGGUAUGCCAGUGCAACAAGGGACACAAAUUCUUUCUUUACAGUGAAAGCUACUUUUCAGUGAUCUUAUGGAUUUACAAUCGAAGCUGUUGUCUUCCAUUGUACAUUGUGGAAUGCAACUUACAAACCUAGCAUUUGCUCUAGCAAUUGCAACUAUAAAUCAUAGCCAUUUGAUAAGUAAAGAUGUUGAUUAUUUUAAAUGGCAUCUGGAAUAUCAAAACAGUAAACUGUGUUUAAAAAAGUCACAUUCAGUGGCACCUGACUGGCUCAGUUCGUAGAGCAUGUGACCCUUCAUCUCGGGGUUGUAGGUUUGAGCCCCCUGUUGGGUGUAGAGAUUGCUUAAAAAUAAAAUCUUAAAAAAACAAAAAAACACAUUCAGUAAAAGGUUUAGAAAGCAAAAUUUUAGUAGCAGCAUUAUAUUAGAAAAAUUUAAUAAUAUAGUAAUAAUACCAAUGUAAUAAUACCAAUAUAACAUUAAAAUGUGAGGGCAAGAAGCAGUAUAAGAAAUUGAAAAGCCUUCACUUUCAGUUUAAUAAAUUGAUUUAUGUCUCCUGAUACUAAAGAGGUUUGGGUAAUUAACUGAAAAGCAGCCGCUUCUCUGUCUGGGUUGAUGAGUCAACAGAUUCCAUGAAUAUUUGUCCUACUAUAGCCUUGGUAAGGUUGGUGAAUGAUGACGAAAUUCAAGAAAGCUUGUUCUGCUGCGAGGAGCCUCUCAAAACAAAGGCAAUAUAAAUUUAAUGGGUCUUUAUGACUGAAGACUGAAGGUCUGUCAUCUCUACUCCUGGUGCUCAUCCUUGGCUCCAUGACCAGUUGUGCCUCAUUCUGGUAAAAGGAAAUGUUGACAUUCAUGUUAUAGCACACUGCUUUCUUCCCAGAGAGGUGCUGAUAGAAAACACUUGGAGUUGAAAUGAAGAAAGUUCUGGAUAAUGCUGCAGAAAUGGUUAACUUUAUUAAAGACCCAUUUAUGCAGGAAUGUUUAAAAAUAAAUAAAGCUCAAAUCUGAACAAAGAGCACAUAAAUCUACAUACAGAAAUCCAGUGGCUUGUCAGAAGAGUUCUCAACAGGAUAUUUGAGUUGAAAGGUCCAUUGCCAGAGUACUUACAAGAAAAUAUUAGGCCAGAUUUUGCAGAGUGCUUUGGAGAUGAAGGAUGGCUAAGACACUAGUCUAUUUAGCAGACAUUUUUUUUUUUUUUUUUUAAUCACAUGAACAAACAAGUUCCUGCAAGGUCCUGGAGAAAAUGUAUUUUCUUAAAAGUGAUAAGAUUCUUGGAUUGAUAGGAACUGACUCGGAACAGUCACAUCGCCAAAGGAACUCUUGAAAUGUUUCCACACACACUUGGGCAUGAGAGUGAAGAAAAGAUAGCAACGAGUCUGAGGCCUUAACUAAAACUCUCUGUGAAGAACUGCAAAACCAAAUAGCCUUUCCCCUCCUUUUCUCAACACCUGUGUAUGACUAGGUGCGAAAUCCCUUCUCUGAGUCUCAGCCCGAGAUUUUGUCCAGGAGAAGAGAAAGAACUCUCUGAGUCAUAGUCUGAUAGUUCAGGAUUUCUGUGAAAUAAGAGUAUCCUUAACUUAGUGCUGACACUCACAUGCCAUGAAACUUAAUUUGAAAGUUUUUUCAAGGUUUCCCCCAGGGUAAAACUACUGAAAAAAACUGGAAGAGACUCACCAAAGAGGGCUGCAUAAGAAGUCCAAGUUGAAAAUAAGUAUUAAGAGGCUGUGAAAUUCACUUUUAGAUGGGUUUAUUUUUAAGUUUUAAAAAGUUCAUAAGUGUUAUAAAUGUUGAGUCUUCCUUCACCAAUGUCUAUGUCUGUUUAAUGGCCAGGGAAUGUGGUAAUGUAUUUUUAUCCUCCUAAACUAGUGGUCCUGCUUGGUAAACCAGACUAGAAGGAUUAGGGAGGGGAAAAGACUAUAGAUUGGACCUUGGUAAUGCAGAUGAGGCUGCAAGUCCUUCUAGAUCUUUAGAUAUUUAGAGUGUUAACUCUUAAUAGGUUGAGAUCAUUUUAAAAGGAUGAUCAGAGCAUUUUAACUGUCACGGAGGAUAGGAUUUUGGUGCCUUCAUCAGACUUGCUCCAAGACAAAGACACUUUUAUUUUGAUAGCGCAAGACUUUGGGACUCUGGGAAUAAAAUUGGCCAUAUGCUUACAGAACAUCCAAGUUUGUGGAACUGGGUUCCUUUUACUUUGUGAAAGCUGCUACUCUACAGAAAGAUUUUGAUUUAGUAGUUUGUUUUUAAUCCUCUUGUAUUUAUUUUUAUUUGGUAAGACCUGUGACAAAAGCUAUUCUUUCCAGCUGUAAAGCACUGUGUUCUGUUGGAAUCUGAUUUCAUUCAUUGAUGCAUUUUCAGGUUUCAUAACUUUAUUGUCACUGACUUUUGAGCAUGUUGUUUUAUAAGUGACAAGAUUCCAGGGUGGAAAUUGAGUGUUGUUGUUUUUUUUUCCAUUUAAUUUUUGUUUUUGUUUUUAAGUUACGUCAGCUAAAAAAAACUCCAGUGUUGUGGUUUAGUAAAUUUGUUUUGCUUUGUGGAGGAUAGGGUGUUAUACUUGGUAUUUUGAGACAUGUUUGUUUAAGGUUAAACAUGAUUUCUAAAUGUUCUUUUUAUUUGUAUUUUGCUUUUGUUAUGGCCAGAUAUUUAGCUUUUUUUUCAUAGUUUCUGAUAUUUUCAGAAAAAUCAAAAUAAAUUUGUUCCCUAAA